CAACAUAAGGAAAUAGAAGUUGAUGGCUUCCAUUGCUGAGUACUGUCAACAAUAUUGCGUCCUCUUGAACUUCACUGACAGGUUUGACUCGUUGACGUUUACAGAAAGAUAAUAUCGAAAUGAAGCUGCUUUGGCUAUAAAGGGUGUUCCCUCGUGGCCAGUCUUGUUCAAAUCUGAUGGUUAUGAACCCCAAUGCCUCCUCAACUUGCUCUGAGAGCCAGUCUCCUGCAGAUGAAUAUAUGGACGACUGGCUUUUCCUCCCUUCUACCUCAGCUGCAACCCCUUGCCAUGAAGACAAGAGCAGGCAAGACAUGGAGGAAGGAGGCAAACUCAAAUCUAAGUUGGUCUCAGUAUGGAAUAGUGUCAAAUACGGUUGGUCCUUCAAGCAGAAAUCAAAUUUGAGUAAGAGCUCUCCUGUGAUCAUGUUUGGAAAGUCAUAUCAGCUCAGCGAUCAAGGGGAGAACGAGUGUUUCCACCGCUCCUUUGCAGCUCUUCUGUGGUUGACAUACAGACGAGGUUUCCCUCAACUGACGGGCUGCUGUCUGACCACUGAUAGUGGCUGGGGAUGUCUUCUCCGUACAGGGCAGAUGUUGUUUGCGCAAGGCCUGCUUUUACACCUGAUGCCAGAAGGCUUAACAUAUUCUGUGAGCCAUCACAUGUUCAAAGAUGAUAUGGAUCUCCCAGAGAUCCGCACUGAAGCCAGAGCAGUGUCUAUACAGAAUUCCAAAGGACUUAAUAAGAGUCGUCGGAAACUGAGUUUAGGUUCCCUCCUGGACAGAUGCAUGGAGUCCACACACAGAAAGGUUGUAUCAUGGUUUGCAGAUCACCCCUCAGCUCCUUUUGGGAUACAUCAGCUGGUAGAGUUCGGCAAAAGCUUAGGGAAGAAAGCAGGGGACUGGUACGGUCCCUCAAUUGUGGCACAUAUUCUACGGAAAGCUGCUGAGGCAUCAACUGACCUUCCAAAUCUUGUCAUCUAUGUUGCACAAGAUUGCACCAUCUACAUAGAGGAUGUGAAAGAGUUGUGUAGACGGCGUCUUUCUGGGAUCUCUACUGCAUCUAUUCAGCCCUGGAAAGCUAUCAUCCUCCUGGUGCCUGUGCGACUUGGAGGACAAAAUCUCAAUCCUGCCUAUAUCACCUGUGUCAAGAAACUCUUGAAGUUAAAAUGCUGCAUUGGUAUCAUCGGGGGCAAACCAAAGCACUCUCUCUACUUUGUUGGUUUCCAGGAUGAACAUCUUUUGUACUUGGACCCUCAUUACUGUCAGCCCACAGUGGAUAUAACAAAGGACAACUUUCCUAUAGAGUCAUUUCACUGUAAAUCUCCAAGGAAACUGCUGUUCUCUCGCAUGGAUCCCAGCUGCACCAUUGGAUUCUAUGCAAAAGGCCAAAAGGACUUUGAAAUGCUGCGCAGAGUUGUCGAUGAGGCUGUCUCCACAUCUGCAGAGACAUACCCCAUGUUUAUAUUUGCGGAAGGUCAUAGUCGAGUGGAGGAGGAAAGCAAAAGCCCCACCAACAACAUCACUUAUGUCCAGAGGAAGAGCGAUCUGCGGAGGGUUGACACGAGUAACAGCAUGGAUGAGUUUGUUCUAUUGUGAGCAAACAUCAGAUAUGGUUUGCUGGGGUGUUCAGUGAUCAUCGAGUAGGCAAUCUCACACACAGUGAUUUAAAUAUUGAGUGUGCUUGUCCACACAUGCUAUAGUUUGCGUGCAUACAAUCCUUCACUUUGAACUAUACUAGUAUUUUGUAAAAGAUAUUGGCAUUUCCAAAUUUACACUGAUGCAGGUGUAAUUUAAAAAAAGAAUAGCAACAAAAAAUGUUUGAUGCAGCUUACUGGUAAGUGGCAGUAUUUUGUUUUUAGAUGAGCAGUACACAAAAAAUUAGAUCUCACUGGUGAGCUGUUUGUAGUACAGGCCCGCGGGCUACUCACAUUGGUCCUUGGGGGCUACCUGGGCGGGCACCAUGUUGGUGACCCCUGCAAUAGAAAAUGGAUGGAUGGCUCUUGAACUGAGUGGUCAAUGGACCAGUGGCACAACACAUCAUCCAUCCCUUGUCCGUACCACUUUAUCCUCACAAGGGUCGCGGGCCUGCUGGUGCCUAUCCUAGCAAUCUUCGGGCAAGAGGCGGGGUACACCCCGAACUGGUCAAUCGCAGGGCACACAUAAAAAAAAAAAAAAACAUUCGCACACACAUUCACACCUACGGGCAAUUUUGAGUCUUCAAUCAACCUACCACCCAUGUUUUUGGGAUGUAGGAGGAAACCGGAGUGGCCGGAGAAAACCCACGCUGGCACAGGGAGAACAUGCAAACUCCACACAGGCGGGGCCGGGAUUUGAACCCUGGUCCUCCCUUUGUUCCCUCAGGCGGCACUGCAUCAAAAACUGACAUCAAUGUGUAAAGGAUAUCACCACGUGGGCUCAGGAACACUUCAUAAAACCAAUGUCAGUAAAUACAGUUCGGUGCUAUAUCCGUAAGUGCAACUUGAAACUCUAACUUACACAUCUGUGAAGGCACCAUUAAUGCUGAAAGGUACAUACAGGUUUUGGAGAAACAUAUGCUGCCAUCCAAGCAACGUCUUUUUCAUGGACGCCCCUGCUUAUUUCAGCAAGACAAAGCCAACCCACAUUCUGCACGUGUUACAACAUCGUGGCUUCGUUGUAAAAGAGUGCGGGUACUCGACUGGCCUGCCUGGAGUCCAGACCUGUCUCCCAUUGAAAAUGUGUGGCGCAUUAUGAAGCGUAAAAUACGACAACGGAGACUCUGGACUGUUGAACAGCUGAAGCUGUACAUCAAGCAAGAAUGGGAAAGAAUUCCACCUACAAAGCUUCAACAAUUAGAGUGUCCUCAGUUCCCAAACGUUUAUUGAAUGUUGUUAAAAGAAAAGGUGAUGUAACACAGUGGUAAACAUGACCCUGUCGCAGCUUUUUUGGAACGUGUUGCAGCUAUAUAAUUCUAAGUUUAUGAUUAUUUGCGAAAAACAAUUAAGUUUACCAGUUUGAACAUUAACUAUCUUGUCUUUGUAGUGUAUUCAAUUAAAUAUAGGUCAAACAUGAUUUGCAAAUCAUUGUAUUUACAACCCCAGUUCCAAUGAAGUCCCAACUUCAUUGGAAUUGGGGUUGUAAAUUUUGAUUAUAUUGCUAUCUGAAUAAAUAAAUUAUUUAAAAAGAAUGUUUUGUGUUGCACUGUACGCUACAAUUUCAUACAAGGAUGAUUAAGAAUAAACUUGAACAUUGGUGUCUCCUUGCACACAUUUACUUCUUUUAAUUCUCGAUUCCUGUGAAGGAACUUUGAGGCAAAUGUGAAAAAUACCACCAAAUAAGUUUUGCCGUCGUCCUUUGUAAUAUGGGGAGCAAUUAUUUUGGUGUGUGUAUGGCGUGUGGGGGUCAGACAUGACUCCAGUGUUCGUGGGAGACUCAUGCUUGGUUGGGAGGUCUUGGGAAGCAUCAGUUUGGUCUGUGAUUGUGAUGACGGUCUGUAAUAAGCAAUACUAAAUAAACUAA